GUCUCAGCUUCAACCCGAUCGGUGAUGAAGGAAAUUUAUUAAUCAUUAACUCUCAAUCAACUCACAGCCUUAGUCUGACGAUAAUACCAGAUUCAUCAUCAACAUAACCAUCAUCGGGACAUUCAUUGGAAUCAAACCAACCGAUCGACCGACCAUCAAAGCUGUUCAAAAUAAAUGAACUAUCAUUUAACCAAACUACAACAAAUCAUAACAUCUUCAAUCAAAAUGUCAACCCCUACACGAUUUCCACCACCGAAUCAUAUCAAACGAUUACCAUUAAUAAAUCCAGAUCAAUCAACAGGUUCAUUAAAUCAAAUCACAUUAACAGAUGAAAUUAAAAAUCAAUUUCGAAUCAAAGUACCUUUACUUGCUAUCAAAAUUAAAGCAGAAGAAAUCUCAAAUUUAAAAUCUAAUCCACUCACUAAAUCUGCUAUUUUGGCGGCAAAAGGUUUAGCUUCAGUGAGGUUAGAUCCACUUUCAAGUGAUCAAUCUCAUAAAUUAUUAUUACUCAAUUCAUCAGAAACAGAAAACCUACCUCCGACGGCUCUCGCUCAUUUCAAUCAAUCUGGGUUUGAAUUUCGAAAAUUUGAAUUAGAUCUCGAUUGGAGUUAUUAUCAAGCUGAGGAAAUCAUCGAACGGCUUUUACCAGAAGAACUUCUUUCAGAAGUUCCAAGCUCAUUCACCAUGAUUGGUCAUAUUGCCCACUUUAAUCUUCGAAAAGAAUAUAUCCCAUAUCGGUAUCUAAUUGGUGAAAUCAUUCUAGAGAAAAAUAUUCCAAUUAGGACCGUCGUGAAUAAAUUAGAUACAAUUAAUUCUCAAUUCAGGUUCUUUCAGAUGGAUUUAAUGGCCGGUGAGCCAGAUUAUCAAGUCUCUCUCUCACAAGCAGGUUGUCGAUUCGAAUUUGAUUUUUCAAAAGUUUAUUACAAUCCAAGAUUAUCAACCGAACAUUCAAAACUAGUCACCACAUAUUUGAAACCUCAUCAAAUCUUAUUUGAUGCAUUCGCAGGCGUUGGACCAUUCGCAAUCCAAGCUGCACGUAAUCAAUCUUGUUUUGUUAUAGCAAGUGAUUUAAAUCCAUCAGCCGUUGAAGCUUUAAACCAAAAUGUGAAGAUCAAUCGAUUGAAUGAUUUGGUUCGAGUCGGACUUGGUGAUGCUCGUGAUCGGAUUAGAAAUGGAGUGAUAGAUCUUUGGAAUAAUCCAUUCUUUGAUCCUCCACCACCUCAACCUAAACUUUCAAGAAGACAACCUACCGUACCAACACCCGCACCAGUAGUACCCAAGAUUGAGACUUCAAAAGAACCACGUCGAUUGGUGUCUCAUUUCGUGAUGAAUCUACCUGAAUUAACCUUAACUUUCUUAGAUGCUUAUGUAGAUCUUUAUAAACCAUUAUUAGAAAGAUUUGGUAAUGAGUUUGAAGAAGAGAUUUCUAAAAGUUCAUUACCUAUGGUACAUGCUUAUUGUUUUACGAAAUCAGAAGAAGGAAUCGAAGCUGAAAAAGAUAUUUGUCAGCGUGCAAGUGAAUCGAUUCGAUUUGAAAUUAAUUCAAAUUCUGUUAAACAGUUUGAAUUAAGUUUUGUUAGAAAAGUUGCACCUCAUAAAACAAUGUAUAGAUUAUCAUUUGAAUUACCGAUUUCUGUAGUUUUAUUUUCAAAAUAUCAAAAUCGGAAUUAAAUGAAAGCUUUGUUUUGAUGAUCUGGUUUGGAUCCAACAUUGUAAAUAUAAUACUUUGAAGGGUUUUUGAGGGGGUUCUUUUUCAAUGGAAGAUGGAUUAAGAUUUU